AUGCCAAAUGAAGUUUUUGGCUCACUUUACUUUUUACCAGAUCCUGUUCUAUCUGUAAAUAAUUCAAACUAUUAUAGCUCAUUUAAUUCUAUGUAUGAAAGUGAAACUAAUAACAAUUACUGUCCAUCUUUAUUACAAAAUCAAGAAAAACAAGAAUGUAGAUCUAAUAAUCUUUAUACAUACAAAAAUAUUAAUGGAUGG